AUGGGAUAUGUGCCCAAGCCCGCGCAGGCACCCCGACUUCGCUAUAUCCAUUUCAAUGUGGCAGGAAUCGAUCGUGUUGCGCAUGAAGAGGUGUUCCGGGACUCGAACAUCACUAUUGCUAGUUCCACUGGGGCACCGGCAAUCGCAGUCAGUGAGUGGAUUUUUGGCGUCCUUUUGGCACAUUAUCGUCAACUGUUCAUGUUCAAGGAAUGGCAAGAUAAUAGCACCUGGGGCAGACUAGGCCCAAAUACGCUUACCUCGAGCUUAGACGGUAAAAGAAUGGGUAUUGUUGGAUAUGGCACGAUUGGCCGUCAGGUGGCUCGCAUUGCGCAAGCUCUGAGCAUUCAGACCGUUGUCUAUACCUCGACGCCUCGAAUCACGGCAGCAGAGAGGAGAAAUAAUAGCUUUGUCCAGUCUGGGUCGGGAGAUCCAGACGGGACCAUUCCAAGUCAAUAUUUCCACGGGAAGACGAAAGCGGAUUUUCAACACCUCCUCAGUCAGGAUCUAGACAUUUUGGUGCUUGCCCUGCCGCUGACUCCGGCCACAAGACACUUGGUGGGCAAGGACGAGCUACGGAUUUUGAACGCCAAAGCUGGAGCUUAUCUGGUCAACAUUUCUCGAGGGGCUAUUCUCGACCAAGAUGCGUUAUUGGAGUCGCUACAAAAAGGUGCUGGCAAUGGUGGCCUCCAAGGAGCCGCGCUCGACGUUACCGAUCCUGAGCCUCUGCCAUCUGACAGCAAUCUGUGGGCAGCGCCCAAUAUUUUCAUCUCACCACAUGUCAGCUCCAUCACCCCGCAAACGAUCGGCCGGUCCUAUGCAAUUCUGGCAGAGAGCCUCAAGCGCCAGGCUCGAGGUGAGAACCUACUCAACGUUGUCAAAGCGCCACAGACAGAGCGGCUCUGA